UCACUAUUGUGAUAUUCCUUACAGUGUAUAUUGCUGUGUUCUAGGCCAGGUUUCACGAAUUUAACUUAAUCGCAGACUGUAGUCAGGCAGCGACACCGCAAUAUUUACUUUAGCUUUUCCGCCACAGUUUAAACUGACGCGCCCUUCUGCUAACGUCGGUAGCCACUGGACUGUAAAGCUUACCAGAGUUCGUCGUUAGCAGUGAUGUCUCUGCCUCCAGAGAAAGUUUCCGAGCUGAAGCAAAUCAUUCACAACCAUCUGCUCAAGAGUGGUAUACGUGGGAAGAUCCGAGAGGUGCUGGCUGAAAAUGUGAAGGAUGAUCAAGGGCAAUCACAUCAAUCUUUAUCUGAGGCCGAUUUUUUAAGAACUCUGCAGAACAGGGGUAUCAUAGAUGAUGUAAUGAAGGACCUACACUUUGACCAGGAGGCAAUCAUGGAUGAAAAAAAAGGAUCUCCUCCCAAGUGUGCUCCUGACUUUAGUGACAAAGAAAUCACUCAGCUGAAGAAAUCCAAUAUUGAUCCAUCAAGACGUUACCUGUAUCUGCAAGUACUUGGUGGUAAGGCCUUUCUGGAGCACCUCCAGGAGCCUGAGCCUUUACCAGGUCAAGUGUGUUCUACAUUUACACUCUAUGUGCACUUCCGCAACCAGAGGUUUCACUCAAAGCCAGUGCCAUGUGCCUGUGAACCCAACCUCGAGGAGGGCUUACUCUUCGAGAUUCAUAGAGAUGGAAUAGGAGAAAGCAAUAAAAUGGCAGAUGCAACUGCCUUGCUGUCAGUGAGUGACCCUGUUCACUUGGUGCUGAUCAAAACAGACACCUACAGUGAGACAACGCUGGUCUCAUCCUACUUCCUGGACUGGAGGAUAGUCCUCGGCGCACCCAGUGGAAAGACCUGCCUUGGUGUAGAGCUGAUGGGAGUUGGCAGUGAAUCUAAAGUCCCAGCUGGUGUUCUGAUAGUCAGUAUGGAGCUCUACCCUCCUCUCACAGAGACUCUGAGCACUGAUAUCAUCAGCACACAGCAAACCCUGGAAAGAAAGAGGACAGCUGAGAAGGAGAGACUCUUCCUGGUUUAUGCCAAACAGUGGUGGAGGGAGUUCCUUGAGAUACGACCGUCGCACCAAUCCAAAAUGGUCAAGAUAUUUGCGCAGGAUGAAAAUGGCGUCAACCAACCAGUGUGUUCCUAUGUGCGUGUCCUCCGGGUGGGCCGGCUGCUGGAGAGUCCUCGACAGGCAGCCCGUUUUGUCAGCCUGCUGGCCCAUGAGAAGGCUCCUGUGGUCGGAGGGGGCGGGCAGGAGCAAUGGUGCACAUUAAUGGCUUUCCUAUGCAGAGGGAAGGGGGAUUGUGAAGACCACGCCACCCUGCUGUGCAGCCUCCUGCUGGGCUUUGGUUUGGAUGCGUAUGUGUGUGUAGGCACCAAAGCAAAGGGAGUGCCACACACCUGGGUCCUGACCCGCGGUACUGAUGGGAGCAUUACAUUCUGGGAGAGCCUAACAGCACACAGAUACCUCCAUCAGGCCAUUGACCCAGAAGCUCCGCCUCUGGCCCCACAGCACAAACCCUCAUCCCCCUACCGCACUGUGGGUUGUGUCUUCAACCACCAGAACUUCCUGGCCAACUGCCAGCCAUCUGAUGCUGUAGAGCUUUGUGUCUUUGACUUCCAGAAUCAAUCUUGUUGGAAGGCGAUGAGUGAAAAUGCACUGAAGUCUGUCUGUUACCCAGGCUCAGUCACCUCUCUGCCCCUUCAGCCUUCGCUCUGUGCCUCAUCUCUGGAUCCUGCUUCAUCUAGCAACCAGUUGGAGUUUGAGAUGCGCUACCUGGUUUCGGAGCACAGGAAGGACCUGGAGCUGGCAACAGUGUGGGAUGAUCACCUGUCCUACCUGCUCUCCUCUGCUUUAUCAGCCUAUGAGCUGGAGCGCUGCACUGGUGUGUCUUGUGGAAAUGAGGAGUUCCAGGAUGCAGUGAGGAGGGCAGUGCCAGAUGGACACACCUUCAAAGGCUUCCCCAUACACUUCCUGCACCGCAGUGCUCGUAGAGCCUUUGCUACUUGUCUAAGGUCUCCUUUCUGUCAGGAAAUAGUAAGUUGCAGUGGUGACCAUGUGCGGCUGGCAGUACGAGUUCGGGUGUUUGUGUAUCCAGAGAAUGUUUGUGCAGUGUGGUUCAUGUUUGCAUGUAAAUAUCGUUCUGUAAUCUAAACAACUGAAAGAUGUUCUUCAAAAGACUAACAAUUUGUGUAGUACAUUGGCCCCAGACAAAACUUUUAUAACUUCAUGACGACAUAACAGGUUUCUGUUUCAUAGGGACAAACUGCUUUAUAAACAUUGCAUUAAAACAUCUGCAUCCAUGAAAAGACUUAAUUAAAUAAAGUUGUACUCUGUGAUUAAGACAUUUAAAAAGAUGUUUGUGACUGGUAUCUCUACUCUGGUGCUUAGGCCUUUAUUUUGCUGACUUUUAUGCACUUAAUUGUAUGUAUUCAUAUAUCUAUUUUUGAAAAUAAAUGCAAUUAAAAGAAUAUAUAUAUAUA